AUGUCCGCUCUACCAUGCAUCCGCUCUGCGCGUGGCUCCUCACUUCUCCGCCUUGGAGCUCUUCAAUCGCACCACGUCAAUCGGCCCUCCGUACAGCGACUGCAUCCGGUCUUUCGCUCUAUGCGCAGCCUAUCCAGCUCUAGAAAAGUACGAAAUAACCCUAUCUCCUGCCAUCUGUCAUUGUCUUUCCGAUCAUCAAUUCCCAAACAUACAGCCAGGACCUACGCCGACCAAAAAGGAUCCACAGGCAAAGCUGAAGCCGAUCUCCUGGUCGAGGAAUUACAAGAGCUGUAUGAAGUUGCCAAAGACGAGUUUGAAAUUGCCACCGAGAGCACGGACUCGUCUACCAUCUACGCUGCUUCGGACCGCGAGUCUGCCCGCGAUGCUCUCAACCAGUUGUCCGCUGUGUACGGCCUCUACACUGCUCGCCCUGGGGAAGUCGAGAAUGAGACAGAUGAGUCGCUGUCUGAGGCAGAGGAAUCGGGGGAGAGUGCUAUUGUCGAGACCCAAUAUAAUCCGGCGGAGAUCCCGCAGGGUGUUAAGGACGAGGUGCGUCGGCGUGUUGGGCAUCGGAUUCGGGAGUUGAAGAAUGCUGUUGAGGCGCUUGAGGAGAGGGCUACGGAAGAUUGA